AUGAUGAUGGUGGGUGAUGAUGGAUUGGGAAUAUAUGUUGUGGAGAGCAAAGGAGGAGCAAUUGUAUGUAUGGUGCUUUCUCUACUCUGCCUAGGCACUUGGCCUGCUCUUAUGGCUCUUCUUGAACGUCGUGGUCGUCUCCCACAACAUACUUAUCUCGAUUAUUCCUUCACAAAUUUCUUGGCUGCAAUCUUCAUUGCCUUUGUGUUUGGUGAGAUAGGUGAAACUACUACACUCGAGGAACCAAGCUUCAUCACCCAACUCACUCAGAUUCAGGAUAAUUGGCCGUCUGUGUUGUUUGCAAUGGCGGGUGGGGUGGGUCUAAGUAUUGGGAACCUUGCUACUCAGUAUGCUUUAGCUUUUGUUGGUCUGUCUGUUACAGAAGUGACAACCGCGAGCAUCACCGUUGUUAUAGGCACCUCUGUCAAUUACUUUUUGGAUAACAGAUUGAACCGAGCAGAUGUUCUUUUCUCUGGUGUCGGUUGCUUCUUGCUAGCUGUUUGUCUUGGUUCUGCUGUUCACUCGUCCAAUUCUGCUGAUAUAGAAGCAAAACUUGGAAGAGUCUCAAAGGAUUGUAAAAGGGUGACCCACGAAGAGUGCCAGAGUCUAGUUGGAAUUGGAGUAGAAGAAGAGAUGGAGAAUGUAAAGGAAGGGACUGCAGCUUUUCUUAUAGCACUUGAGAACAAACGAGCUAUCAAAGUGUUUGGAAAGAGCAUGGUUGUUGGUCUGGGAAUAACCUUCUUUGCAGGCCUCUGUUUCUCAUUGUUCUCACCACUAUUCAACCUUGCAACGAACGACCAAUGGCACACUAUAAAACAAGACGUUCCCAAGCUGAUUGUCUACACCGCGUUCUUCUACUUCUCAUUAUCUUGCUUUGUAAUCGCCGUAGCUCUUAACAUUAAUUUCUUAUACAACCCCUUGCUCGACUCACCAAGAUCUUCCUUUAGGGAUUACUUGAGUGACUGGAAUGGAAGAGGUUGGGCUCUUCUGGCUGGACUGCUUUGUGGGUUUGGUAACGGUCUUCAGUUCAUGGGUGGACAAGCCGCAGGAUAUGCAGCUGCAGAUGCUGUUCAGGCACUUCCUUUGGUGUCAACUUUUUGGGGGAUAUAUCUGUUUGGGGAGUAUAAGAGAUCAUCUCCGCGAACAUAUGCUUUGCUUCUUGGAAUGCUGGUGAUGUUCACUAUUGCUGUGGGGCUUCUAAUGGCCUCGGGUGGGGCAAGAGACGUGGCUUACCUGAAAAGUUAA